AUGUCUACUCCAAAUCUCCCCGAAAAUCUUCCUCCACGAGCUAACACCCCAGCACUAGCCGACUCGAAUAAACCUAGAACUAGGAAAGGGAAGAAGAACAAGAACUUAACUACAGUACUUGAAGGAGAAGGAGAAGGCAGUGAUUCGAAAGAAGGAGAAGAGAAUGGUAAUACUGACCAUUUAAACGUUAACUCAACCGGCGGUACGAGAGAUAAUGAUCAUGGAAGAGAAGAUAAUAACGAGGGAAACCAGUCGAAUGAAACAAGAGAUUCAAUUGGAGAAGAAGAUAGAGCUGGCAGAAUUGGGAACAUUACAGGGAUAGGUCCAGAUGUAGAGAAUAUGGCUGAACCGGUCCAAAUAGAACACGGUCAUGCGAAGUGGUUGUAUAACAUUAAAGAAGCUCUUGAUCGAGAUAUGAUGUAA